AUGGUUGAAAAAGUUGUACUUGCGGAAAAAAGUGAUGGCCCCUGGGCGAUUGGCGUCCAAAUCUUCGAUGGGACUUGUUUUAGGGCAGAUCGAGAAGUGAUAAUAUCAGCCGGAACAUAUCGAAGUCCACAAGUACUGAUGCUUUCGGGCAUUGGACGGGCUCAGCAGCUGCAACGACAUAACAUCCCGGUUGUGUUGGACAAACCUCAAGUGGGUGAGAAUUUUCACGAUAAUCUCCUGGUUGCAAUUCCUUUCAAACUGAAAACCCCUCAAAAUGGCUUGUCCCUGGGAACACCACUUUGGUCAGAUCCAGCCUAUCAAAUGGGAUUACCUUGUGACUGGAUUAUUACGGGCAGGGUACCUGGAGAGGAAAUCAGGAAAGCUCUGGCAAGAUACGAGCAUCCUUCAGAAUCAGCCAACUAUCUAAUGCAGGCAGGGUCAUGCCACACAGAGACAUUGGUUGUUUAUGCGCCCGCAGGAGCACCCAUAACAAACACACAUCUGCCGAUGGAUCGGAGCCAUAUUGGUGCGAUCGUCACGGCACUGGCCACAGAAUCUCGCGGCAACGUUGGUCUCAAGUCGUCUGAUCCGAGAGAUUCGCCAGAGAUAGAUCCUACUUACUAUGCUGCUGAGGUUGAUCGUGCAAUCUUUCGUGCCGGGAUUCGAAAGGUGCUGAAGCUGUUCUAUGACACCGAGGAAGGAAAGGCGAUGGUAAAAAAGGAGAGCCCUCCGCUUGGUCUGCCUCCUCUGAAAGUCAAUCCUUCAGAUGAAGAGAUUAAUAUCCGUGUCAGGUCACAAGGGCGGACAUUCUUUCAUGCGGCAGGGACUUGUUCGAAGGGCCCUGUUGUGGAUGUGGAUCUGAAGGUGAAGCGAGUGAAGAACUUACGAGUGGUGUCUGCAAGCGUGAUGUCAAUCCCAAUUGCAGCUCACUAUCAAGUUUGUGUCUAUGCUAUUGCAGAGCAGGCAGCCGAUAUCAUCUUGCGCGACGCAAACAGUGAUGGCGGCUGA